AAUGCAAAUGACAUCUUGUUGUGAAGCGUGUGAAGAAAAUCUGGCUCCUGGGGAACUGACGGCGACCUUCUGUGGGACACCAAAUUAUAUUGCUCCUGAAAUGCUACGAGGACAAGAGUAUGGCUAUAGUGUUGACUGGUGGGCACUUGGAGUACUUAUGUUUGAAAUGUUAGUUGGUCGAUCACCCUUUGAAAUUGUUGGUCAGACUGAUAAUCCUGAUCAAGAUACUGAAGAUUAUCUAUUUCAAGUAAUCUUGGAAAAGCCGAUUAGGAUUCCCCGUUCAUUAACUGUCAAAGCUGCAGGCGUAUUAAAAGGAUUUCUAAAUAAGAGUCCACAAGAUCGUCUAGGUUGUCAUCCUGAAACUGGCUUUGAAGAUAUACAAACUCAUCCAUUCUUUAGAGUUUUGGAUUUUGAUGCACUAUAUGCAAAACAAAUUCCUCCGCCCUAUAAGCCUCAAGUAAGAGGUGAACGGGAUUUGGUUCACUUUGAUCCAACAUUUAUUAAGGAACCGGUCGUUUUAACUCCAGAUGAUCCGUACGUAUAUCUAAUAGUCGAUUUACAUUAUAUUUUCAAGAUGAAUAGCAGUAAAUUAGGUAAUACGGUCGUUACCGCAAGGUGUAAUUAUUUCACUCUAAAAUUCAUAUACUAAAUCGUACAUACGCGCUGUAAGAAGAUAAAAAGUAAAUAUAGACCUUUUGGAAGAGCUUAUUAGACCGGAAACUGUUAUGCUUCCCCCUGGUAUAGCUAGAGGUCCGAAGUGUUUUUUUUUUCUUUAAAUCUCCCUCUUUAAAAUAUUCUGUUAUGCCUCUGGGUGGACAUUAUGCUUAUCUCACUCUACGAAACAUAAGUUGUACGUUAUCGACGAAAUUGCACGCUUUCCAUGUCAGGGAGUGUUAAUUUAAUACAUGAAUUAUCUACAUCCAAAUGUAAUACGCUCCUUUUCACCUACUCGAACUGAUUUCAGUAUAAAUCUAGCUUGGCUAGAUAGUACAAAUUUAUAAAAAAAAAAAUAAUCAUAAAAGAACGUUUAGUUGAUUUAAGGUGUAUCACUCCUAUUUGGGAAGCAUUAAAACGGAUAUAGGCGGCUAAAGGAAUUGUCACAAACUUUAUUUGUAAAUAAGCUUGUUGUAAGAUGACGAGGUUUAUAGAUUUAGUUCCGCUAUUACUUAAAAAUUUUCUUUGUUACAAUUGAUUAGCGUUCUCUCUUUUAUCGAUUACGGGCGAUUGUUGAGGGUAAAGGGAAAAAUGAGGCGUUUCCUACACGACUUAUGUAUUAUAUAUACUUAUUUAUGAAUGCUUGCUAAAUGUAUUACAUACUGUAUAAUUAUACAUCUAUGUAUAUAUAUUAGUAUAAAUUAAUAUAUACAUGGGAAUGCGGGAACUUAAUCCAUUUAGAUUUAAUCAGAGUACAUUCGACUUGUACUAUAUUAAUCGAAAGAAUUGUGUUCAUGAAAUGUUGGGUAUAUUGAAUAGGAUGUGCCUUUAUUUAAUUAACCUUGUAUGUUCAUUAACAUGUCGAUCUGAAACGCACAUGGCCUCCUAUUAAGUUGUUGGAUCCUUAACAGCUUCUAUUGACCCUAUUAAACUAGAAAAAGGGAUAAAGGGGUAGUUUAUCGCUCUAGUAAACUGGCGCCAUCUCGAAAAAAAAGGAAUAAUCAUCCCAUGUAACGCAUUUAUCACGAUAAAAGUCACGUGAUGUUUAUGCCUCAUGCGAUCGUCCCAAAAGUGGUCAUCAGAAGGUCGAAUAUCGAGGUGUAUAUUUAAAAAUAAAAUUCGGUUAUGUUUUAAAAAUCGACCGGUUCGUUGCAAACGUCUUGGGGCGAGAAAAAACCGAUCGAUUUAUCCGCAUAAUCAACAUGAAGUGUGUCAUUUUCCAGUUCACUCCUUUACUUUUUAUGUUUAAUUAAUGAAAGGAAAUGCCUAGUAGAAGUUGACUAAUCUUUCAAUGCUAAUAUCAAAUCGCAUUAAAAUAUAUAACAUUCUAUACAAAAUUAAUUCUAGAUUAAAUAUAAAUAGAUAUAAUUUACUAAUAGUCAGAAUACACUAUAUAUAUAUAUAUAUAUAUCUCGUGUAGCUGUAAAUAUACAGUAUAUUAUGUUUAAGGCAUACCCCUAUUCAUUCUUUUUAUGCUAAUAUACUCAAUUUUUCUAUUAAACACAAGGAAACAAAAACAAACAAAAAAAUUUUUUCCGUUUCAACGAUUAAAUUAUGUAGAGCUCCAUUGAAGCGUUUAGAGAAGGAACAAGGAGGAAAAUUUCUUUAUUCGUGCUUUGUUUUUUUUAUAUAUAUAAUAUAUAUAUAUAUGUAUAUUUUUCCGCCUUCUCCUUCCUCAAUCUCACUAAUUCUCUCUCCCUCUGUCUACCUGCUUGUCUCUAAUUUUUGUUUUCUUUCGUUUUUAUUCCUGUUUUUUUCUCUUCUAUCUGUUUCUUCUUUUAAUUAAUAGCAAAAGUUCAUUAGUGUUUACAAGCAUUAAUAAUAGUACAGUCUAU